GAAAUUCCAGUGAUUCGGAAGAAGAAGACCAGAAUACCAGCAGUAUAGAAAAUCAGGCCAUCCCAAACUCCCACAGAGUCCCAGAUUCCAAAUCGCACCCACCGCACACCAAAAUAGACAUCAUCAGGAAAGUGCAAGCCAAAAAUACGCAGCGCUAUAAAGUGGAAUACGAUUCGCAGAGUACGGAUACACUGAAUUUCUCUUCUGAAUCCAAGCAAGAGACUGAAUACGGUCCCUGUCGCAGAGAAAUGGAAGACACUUUAAACCACCUAAAGAUCCUGAAUGUCUUGAGUCCGAGGGGCUUUCAUAUUCCAAAUUGUGACAAGAAGGGAUUCUACAAGAAAAAGCAAUGCCGCCCAUCCAAAGGCCGAAAGAGGGGUUACUGCUGGUGCGUGGACAAGUACGGGCAGCCCCUGCCCGGCUACGACGGCAAGGGGAAGGGAGAUGUCCACUGCUAUAACUUGGAAAGCAAAUGAGGGCUG